CUCAUACCCCCUGUCUUCCACCUCUUGCCUGCUACCAGCUCCCUCUCGGCUUUGCUUUGUGCGCACACUGCAUCAUGGUGCACGUAGGCAGCUUCUGGGGUCUCUCCUUGUUCCUGUCCCUGAGUUUAGGAUGGACGAAGGCUCAGAAUAACACAAGGCCGGUGUUCUACUGUGGAGGCGACCUGGUCUCAGACUCGGGGUUUGUUGGUAGUGAGGGGUUCCCGAGCUUCUACAAAACCAACAGCAAAUGCACCUGGCGGAUCACCGUUCCCGAGGGAAACGUGGUCACGCUCUCCUUCCGCAUUUUCGACCUGGAGGCGGACUCACAGUGUCGGUACGACUAUCUGGAUGUUUACAAUGGCCAUUCCAACUUGGUGCAAAAACUGGGUCGCUUUUGUGGAACUUUCCGGCCCGGUUCUCUAAUUUCAACCACAAACACCAUGAUGUUAGAGAUGGUGUCUGACGCAGAGACGCAGGGUAGAGGGUUUGUGGCCUAUUUCAGUGGAACCAGACCAUAUGUGGAUGACCAACAGUUCUGUGGGGGAAAGUUAACAAAGGCCCAGGGAGAGAUCAAAACGCCCAACUGGCCCGACAAGAAAUACCCACCAGGAACCAGCUGCUCCUGGCUUAUCACUGUGGAGCCUGAUAUGGUCCUCCAGGUGAAGUUUGAUAAGUUUGUCUUGGAGGCUGACACCUAUUGUCGGUUUGACUAUGUGGCAUUCUUUAACGGUGGGGAGAAAGAUGAUUCACACCUGAUUGGAAAAUACUGUGGUGAUCAGGCCCCUCAACCAAUAAUUACUAGCAGCAAUGUGAUGCUGGUCCAGUUCGUGUCUGACCUCAGUGUGACAUCUGAUGGAUUCCUCGCCCGCUACACUAGCGUCCCUCGAGGUUCUCAGGUCACAUCAGUUGACACGGGAGCCAACACGCGGUUCAUCCCCCCGCAACCCGCUGUCAAACCUGCGGCUACUGUACGGCCACCUGUGCCCACCGCCAAGUAUGUGCCGCCUCCUCCCCCUGAGCCCAGCGAGAGACCCAAACCAGUCAAGCCUGCGAGAGGCCGUGGACAGGACGGCACAGGCCAGGACAGGAGAGUGGCAGUCACAAGACCGAAUGGAAAGAGGCCUGUCCCUCAAAACCCGCUGUGCGCCAAAGCCUGUAAAAGAGAUGGAACCAUCAAGACAAGUUUCUGUGCCAGUGAAUUUGUGAUAACUGGGAAGGUGACCUCUCUGGCCCCUGGGCCCCGCGGGACUCUUCAUGUUGGCGUGUCCCUUAUUAAAGCCUAUAAGGCAGGUCGACUAACCAUCAAGCAGGUGGGGGAAACCAUGUCGGUUAAGCUGGUGUCACAGUGCAAGAAGUGCCCGUUGCUCCGAAGAGGUGUCAACUUCAUUAUCAUGGGUCAAGUGGAUGAAGACGGACAUGGUACCCUGGAACCCGGCGCAUUCACAGCUCCCUACAAAGCACCACAUCACAAAUUAUUGAUGAAUAUCAACAACCAACCCUGCUAACCUCACACAUCUGACCAGGCCAGGGAAGGAAGAUGACAUAUCACACACUCAAAAUCCAGAAUAUUCAAUGUGAAAUACAAUUAUCUAUUGAGGCACAACAUUGCAGUAAAACAUAAUUUUUAUCCAAUAUUCUAAAAGGUCAUGCAAAUAACACCAAACACCUUCCAAACCUUAUGUUUGUAAUUUCUAUAUGAAUAAAGGUUUUAUAUCUCA